CUUAAACCUGUAUUUUUUUUUCUUGCAAAUAACAAGCUUUGUACACUCUCUUUUGAACUUAAUAUAUAUGUGAAAUAUGGUGCAGCCUCUGUAGAAGCAACGUUGUUGUGUUUUGUUUUGAGUGUUUUUGACUAAUCAUGCCAUUAUUGACUAUGCUUUGACUGACCGUUUGGAUUUUUUAAAUGUAUUUUUUAUUAUUUUAAUUAAUUAUUCUCAUCUUGAACAGGAAAAACUCAUAAAAAACAACUGGGAUCCACUUGACACUCUUAAAAAGAUGGCAUUUAUUAAAGAUGAGAUUCAAGACAUGAAGAUUGAAGAAACAUUCAGAGUCAAAAAAGAAGAUCCUGAGGAACAAACAGUACAGAGGGGUUUUCAAAUGAAUCGUAGAAUUAAAAUGGAGAGUGAAGACAUGAAGACUGAAGAAGUGUUGAGAGUGAAACAAGAAGAUGAUGAGGAACAAACAGAUGAUAAAAGCUCAAUAAAAACUACAAUCAGCAAAAGAACAUUCAUUGUACCAAAAGAUAUGGCUGUCUGGAACGAGGCAAGUGAAGACGCAUUGAUCAGCAUGAUCCGGGAAAGGCCGGCUUUAUAUGACAUUACAGAAAAAUCAUAUUCCAGCCGUGUGGAGAAAGCUGAAAUGUGGCGUGAGAUCGAAAAUAAACUUGUCAUAUCAGAGAAAGAGCUCAAGAAGCGGUGGGAUUCAUUGCGAACCCAGUACUUGCGUUAUAAGAAACAAGGACCCUCAGGAAGUUCUGGAUGUCAGAAGACUGGCAGGCAGCAAUGGAUCUUGAACCGCCUGCAGUUUCUACAACCUCACAUGAAAAGGAAUGAGAGAACUUCAAAUUUAACAUUCAGGGAAUCUUUGGCUGAUAGUGAUUCCUGUUCACCCUCAAAUGGUACCAACAGUGAAACCUGGACUGUCACCCAUGAAGAGCCCAGCUUCAUUGAGGUGGAGCUACGGCCCAGUACACCCUUGCCUGAAUCCACGAUCUGUGAAAAUGAGUCCACAGCUGAAUCCACAGCCAUUAGAAAGAAACCAAAUACUCCAAAGCCUCCGGGGAAGCGCAGGAAGAUGCAGGAUGAAUCCUUCAGUAAGGAGUCCACAUACUUGAUGCGCACCAUCGGCAAAACUCUGGAAAAGUUGGCAUCACAGGAAAACACCAAUGAUGCCAUCUCAGCUUUCUGCAAAAAUCUAGAACACAGAAUGCGGAGUUUGCCAGCACAUGUACUGCCACAUUUCCAGCAUGAGGUUGAUGAUUGCAUUUUCAAAUAUUCAGUGGGCCACAACCAUUCACUGGAGGCAUCUGUCCAUCAGUAUACACACCUGUAAUGUGUUACGCUGCAAAAGUGCAAGCAUGUUUGCAGAAUAUUUGCAGUAAGUUGUACAUCUACAUGCACAUUUGUAAUUUAAAUUAAUUAUAUUAUAGUGCUUGCACAAUUCUAUUUAGAAUUUAGUCUCUUCUAUUUUUGGUUAUUUUAUAUAAUUUACCUUCUAGCUCAUUUUUUGGCCCUUGUUCUUAACAUUGCAAAAUAAAACACUUUGACUUUGGGUAAAAAGGUACUUGCAUUCACAAUUUUUGAUGUAAGAAGAGAUCACAAAACAAAUAAUGACUUAAAUCCUGACUUAUUUAGCAAAUUCACACGUCAUAAAAAAAUACAAUAAAAUUGAAGCUCUGAGCAUAUUACUGUAUAUGAUAAAAUAAGAUAUUAAAUAUCAUCUCCAAAAAAUAGAGAAGUAUCAGACGUGUGUGUGUGUGUG